AUGGCGGGGGUGGACCUGUGCGAGCCCGUCCAGUUGUACAACAUCUUGAACCAGGCCACGAAGUUCUCCAGACUGGCAGAGCGGAACUACUUGUGUCUGAUUGAUGCUCGAACCCAGAGGGAGUACGACGAGAGCCACCUGAUCACAGCCAUACGGAUUAAGCGGGACGUUUCCGGCUCGUACGUCGUCCCUCCUUGGGUGAACUUUGAAUGCCUCCGACACUGCGUGGUGUACGAUGGCAUAACCAACCUCUUGGAUAUGACCAGCCAGAUGGAUGCCACUGCCCAGGAAGUGGAUGAAGAAAAAAACACCCCGGCCAGGACUGCCUUAUGCUGCGCCAGAGUCCUGCAGCGAUACACCCGCUUUCCCGUCCAGGUCCUGAGAGGGGGCUAUGAACGCUUCACUGCCUCCUACCAUUUCCUUCGGACCCAGAAGAUUUUCUGGAUGCCUCGGGAACUGGAGGACUUUCUGCCCUACCCUGUGGAGAUCGUGCCAGGGAAAUUGUAUAUGGGAAAUUCCAUCCAGGCCUGCCACCAACAGAUACAGAAGGAUCUGAAGAUUCAAGCCCAUAUCAAUGUGUCCGAGGAGGUGGACACGUUCUUCCCCAACGACAGCGAGAAAGUCUUUCACAUUGCGGUCCCCGAUUCUCCAGAGGCAGAUGUCUUAUCCUUCUUUGGCGAGAUCUGCCACUUUAUCGAUAGCCACAUGCAUAACGGCGCGGUCUUGGUUUUCUCUACCUUGGGCAUUAGUCGGUGCAGCACUGUCGUCCUGGCCUACCUGAUACAUUCCUGCAGGCUUUACUUAAAGAAUGCUUGGAGUUACCUCCAGAAGUGCAAAAGCAACAUCCGGCCCAACCGGGGGUUUGUGGAGCAGCUGUCAGAAUGGGAGACCCGGAUCUACAUGGCCACCGUCACCGAUAUCUCCGAACCGGCUUACUGAACAAAGGCCUCC